UUUUAAAUAUAAUAUAUUUUCUGUAUUAAAUAAAAUGAAAAAAUAAAUUAAAAGACAUAAUUCUGAAAAGCAAUUAGCUUAAACGGUAAGCUACAAGUCCGGCCCUAUUUAUAUACCAACAUUCCAAUACAAUGCCAUUUAUUGCCGCUCUUCUUCUUCGCUUUCUCUGUCUCAAAACAUGUCGAUAUUUUCCUGCUCCAAGUAAGUAAAUAUUCAUUAAUAUUGUCCUGUGUUUCUCAAUGUAAGUAUAUGGUGGUCUGGAAUCUUGCAUAUAUCCAUGAUUCUUGACAAUUGUAAAUAACUGAAUCUGGGCAUGUUCCUCUCUUCUCCUUCUUCUUCUAUGGAAUCUUGCAUGUUGGUUCUAGCAUAUCCAUGAUUCUUGACAACAAGAAUUUUUUCGACAAACACACUGUUUAAUUUCUCAACUUUCUUGCAUUGUUGCAUAUUCUUGAUUACUGAAUCUGGGUAUGUUUCUUUUUUUCUUGGUCCCGUGUUUAUGCUUUCUUUGUGGGUCUUGCAUAUUGGUUAUAGUUAGUCGAUAUAUUGUUUAUGUGGCUUAAUUUCUCCUCCUAAUCUGUUUCUAUAUAUUGCCAACACUUUUUACUUUCACUAAUUUCCCAUGUUUUAGUAUCGCCAAGAAGUACCUUCUUGUGUGGUUUUCCUGUUUAAAGAUAUCUGACGUUCACCAGGUGUUUGAGAAAAUGUCUUAGCUAGAAAAAUCAUAAUCUAUUAGAUAUAUUGGUGGUCAAGUUCUCUAUGUUUCUGACACGAAGCUUCUCCAUUAAGUAGCAAGCAAAUUACUUUUUAAGCUUGCAGUUGGUGAUGGGGUUGGACCUAACGGUAACUAACACUACUGUUCAUCAUCUUCAUCGGCAGAAGACUGCCGGAAUGGCUUCACCACCGCCGGUGGAGCUUCACAUACCACCGGACCGUAAUAAGAACAUAGCGGAAGAAGCAUCAACCUUUAAUCCAGCUAAGAGUACUUUGAAUCUGCAAAAAAAUACUGACAAAGCAGUAGCAAUUUCAAGUAACGCAGGAUUGAUUCGAGUUGCAACAUCACAAAAUCAAACCCACAGCUCCUCCAAUCUGCAAAAUACACCUGCGAACACUGUAGCACUUUCGGAAGAACAAAUCGCCUGGGUUCAUAGAAUCAUAUCACUCGAAAAAUCUAGAUUGAUUCGAGUUGAAUCAAAUACUGGAGAUGAAUCUCCACUUCCUAAUCUACAUAAUAUCAAAUUUUCAGAGAAUUUCACCAUGCCAAACGCGUGCCCUCCACAGGCGAAUGAAGAGAAGACCUUCACUGCGCCGCCGGAAAUUCGAUCUCAAAUUCGACCUACUUCCGGCGAGUUUCGAGCGGCGCUGACCACUGGGGUUUGUUCCCCACUUCAGGGCGCCCCUACCACCAAAGUUUCAGAUCAAAUGGCUGGCGAAAUCAUACAGGAGCAAAUCUCAGGUGAGGUCGCCGGAGCUCCGGCGAAGUUUUCAGACCAACUCCAAUCACAAAAUGGGCGCUUCAAUGAACUGAACAAUCCCCAACAGGUGAGUUCUCUCGAAUCUAAGUCUAACAAUUCGAAUAUCCAAAACAAUGCUACUGGAGACAGUGAAGUCCAAAACAAUGUCGAAAAAUCUCGCAAUCCAAAUUCUGAUAAUUCAAGGGGUACUCGACUUGUUGAGAUGCAAAAUGUAGAAUAUCCCAUUCACAGUACUGUUCCAUUGAGUUGUAAUCUUGAACUCGCAAAAGAAAAUUUGGACUCUGAUAGUAAGGAGGCUGCCGGCAUCAGCUGUGCUAGCUUAACUUUUGGUCUGGGAAAUAAUGAGACUCAGCUACAUGUUCAAACAAAUAACAACAAUCAAGAAUAUUGUGUCAAUGAGGUAGAGUUGGGACAAACACAUAAACGAAUGGACAAAGCCACACACAGCAGGGUGGCUACUGUAAAUUCUGCCUUAGCACAGCAGCAGCACCAAAAUGCUGAGAAGCACAAUCAUCACAAUGGUGAUAAAAAUGCAGGGCAAGCUUACAUGCUGCAGGAAAAGCACACUGCAGGAAUUUGCAGUGAUGAGGUCUAUUGGAAUGGUUUUCCCUUAAUGCUUUGACAGGCAACAACUCUUCAGUUGCAUCUGCAUUAUCAAGGUUUAAGAAUUUCUUAUUUCUUUUCGAGAUAUAUUUUUGAUAGAUGGUCUUAUUUCUUCUCGAGAUAUUUUUUUGAAGGUAUGCCCCAAAUAUCAUGGCCACGUGGAUUGGCCAGGGUCUUCUUCGGCUAACUUUUGGCUCAACUUUAUCCCACUGAGGGAUUCUUUCCUUCUUUAAUUGAUCACUUUAAUUGUGUUCUAUUAUCUUUUGCUCAUGUUAUAUAUGCAAUCAAUUAGACAUGAGCAAACACAUUAUCUGAAACUAUUGAUGAUUUAUGUGUCAAUUGACUUGAUGCAUUAACUUAAUUAGCUUGAUCCUCUUAAAACUAUGAGCAAACACACUCUGAGUAAAAAUAAUUCAAUGAACAUGAAAAAAGAAACUAUCUGUAAAUGUCUAUGAUUUAUGUGUUAAUUGUGUUAGUGCAUUAAUUUAAGCAGUUAGAUCCUUUUUCGACCAUCAAACUUUUUGGGGAAAAAUGAUGAGAUGGUCAUGGUACACCACUUGAAGGAUAAGCAAGAGAAAUUUCUUCCUCUUUCUUGGGUCCAAUAUGAUAUUUUGGGAUUUGAGAGUAAGGCAUCAUGUCUCUAGACCAUAUGCAUGAUAUGGAGGCAAUUGUCUUCUCAGAUCCUCCUAUUUAGUAAUUUUCACCCCGAAGCAAAUUUUCCAUUGAUUUUAUAUUAUCGUUCAAAAAAGUUGAUUCGAGUGCUAUAAGAUACUUUAUUUUUCAUCAAACAAAUGAGUUUGCAACUCUUUGAGAAUGAAGGCUCUCUCUCUCUCUCUCGUUCUGAACAUGUAGCCAUGAAAGCCUGAGAAGAAAUUGAGGCAUUCCACCUGAUCAAGACGGAACUACAGGAUACGAAUUUCACUGUUUUAUAUUGGAAAAUUACGCCGUGUGUAAAAGAGUAAUUUGUUUAUGUACAAAUAUUGUGUUUUGAAUUUCCUUAACAUAAUAUGAACUUUUGAAUCUCCUU